GGUUUUUAUGAACAGGCAGCGCGUCAGAGAAGCGCUAAUCAUGAGCGAGCUGCAGAGCGGCGAUGAUAUAAACAUGUGAUAGUAGCUCAGUUACCGCUACACCUGACAGGAUUACACGCACCGGAGGUCUCUGCUCCGUCUCUCUGAUACGCUGCUCUGCUGAGAGAGGAACAUGGAUACUGCGGAUCAGGGUGCUCAGAUAGAGCCGCUGCUGCCAUCGGCCAGUUCUCCCAUUGGAUCCUCAGUUGGGCGAAGAAGUCUGAGAAAUGACGAUGAAGCGGUGGUGGACAGAGGAGGAACGCGGUCCGAGCAGAGAACCAACUUUGAGCAAGAAGAUCUUGAAGGUCACAGGACUCUCUACAUUGGGGUCCACGUCCCUUUGGGCAGUACCAGACACCGCAGCCAUCGCCGGCACCGCCACCAUGGAAACAAGUACAGCAGGAGGCGAAGCAAGGAGCGAGUCCGCACCUUGGUGGAGGGUAGAGAGUCUCCGAUUUAUGAUACUCCGUCCCAAAGAGUGCAGUUCUUGCUGGGUACAGAGGAUGAUGAUGAGGAGCACAUUCCUCAUGAUCUCUUCACGGAGAUGGAUGAGAUCUGUGUGAGGGAAGGAGAGGAUUCGGAGUGGAGGGAAAGUGCCAGGUGGCUGAAGUUUGAGGAGGAUGUUGAGGAUGGAGGGGAACGAUGGAGCAAGCCCUACGUAGCAACGCUGUCUCUUCACAGUUUGUUUGAGCUGCGCUGCUGCAUUAUCAACAGCACCGUGCUGCUCGAUAUGAGGGCAAGUACCAUUGAAGAGAUUGCAGACAUGGUCUUAGACCACCAGGAGUUGUACUCACCACUGGGAGAUGAGCUCAGAAAGAAAGUGCGUGAAACACUACUGAAGCAGCACCAUCACCAGAACCAGAAGAAGCUGGCUAAUCGCCUGCCACUUGUACGUUCCAUCGCUGACAUUGGCCGGAAAACAUCUGAGCUUCAUCUGGAUAAAAACGGUCAGCUGACCGCCUCCCAGUCUCAGUUAGCAGUUCAAGAUGGAAAAGGGGAUAUCAGUAGAGAUAACAGCUCUGUGGACUUCAGCAAGAUAGACAUUCAUUUCAUGAAGAAGAUCCCACCGGGAGCGGAGGCCUGCAAUGUGUUAGUUGGCGAGCUGGAAUUCCUGAACAAGCCAGUGGUGGCGUUUGUCCGCCUUUCACCGGCGGUUCUGCUCAAUGGACUGGCUGAAGUCCCGAUUGCCACAAGGUUUCUAUUCAUUCUCCUGGGUCCCUUGGGUAGAGGGCCUCAGUAUCAUGAGAUUGGGAGAUCUAUUGCAACACUGAUGACAGAUGAGGUUUUCCAUGAUGUUGCCUAUAAAGCUAAAGAUCGAAAUGAUAUAAUUGCUGGUAUCGAUGAAUUCCUUGAUCAAGUGACAGUCCUGCCUCCUGGGGAAUGGGACCCGUCUAUACGGAUAGAGCCACCAAAAAAUGUACCUUCUCAGGAGAAAAGAAAGAAAAGUAACAUUUUACCAAAUGGAUUAGUUGAGGGGGAAGAAGAAGAAGAGCACGAUGCUCAUGGCAGCCCAGAACUGCAGCGUACUGGGAAGUGGUUUGGCGGUCUCAUUUUAGACAUCAAACGCAAGGCCCCUCACUACCUGUCUGACUACACUGAUGCUUGUAGCUUACAGUGUGUCGCCUCUUUCUUAUUCCUCUACUGUGCCUGCAUGUCCCCUGUCAUCACCUUUGGAGGACUUCUGGGCGAGGCAACAGAAGGACGCAUAAGUGCAAUUGAGUCACUGUUUGGAGCCUCACUGACUGGAAUUGCCUAUUCCCUGUUUGCCGGGCAGCCCCUUACCAUUCUGGGGAGCACGGGGCCUGUGCUUGUUUUUGAAAAGAUAUUGUUCAAAUUCUGCAAGGAGUAUGGCUUGUCCUAUCUGUCACUGAGGACCUGUAUCGGCCUGUGGACAGCUUUCCUCUGUAUUCUGCUGGUGGCCACAGAUGCCAGUUCCCUCGUUUGCUACAUCACACGUUUUACAGAGGAAGCCUUUGCCUCACUCAUCUGCAUCAUUUUCAUCUACGAGGCCUUGGAGAAACUCGUCCACCUGGGGAAACACUAUCCCUUUAAUAAGAACAACAACCUGGACAAACUCACCUUGUACUCAUGUUCAUGCGUUGAGCCUUCUGACCCCACCAAUGGCACCCUGAAGUACUGGGAGAUGAACAACAUCACUGCUUCAGAAAUCUAUUGGGAAGCACUGGAGGUCAAGGGCUGUAUUGAAAAUCGUGGGGAGUUUGUGGGCAGUGCCUGUGGACCUCAAGGACCCUACGUUCCUGACGUUCUCUUCUGGUGUGUCAUUCUCUUCUUUUCCACGGUCUUCAUGUCAGCUUUCCUCAAGGAGUUCAAGUUCAGCAACUACUUUCCGACCAAGGUCAGGUCCGUUAUCAGUGACUUUGCUGUUUUCAUCACUAUCCUAACCAUGGUCUUGGUUGACUAUGCCUUAGGGGUCCCAUCUCCAAAACUGAAAGUUCCCAGUGUGUUUAAGCCAACAAGAGAUGAUAGAGGUUGGUUCAUCACCCCAUUGGGGCCUAACCCCUGGUGGACAGCAGUCAUAACGGUGGUGCCAGCUAUGCUUUGUACCAUCCUUAUCUUCAUGGACCAGCAGAUCACGGCUGUCAUAAUCAACAGAAAGGAACACAAACUCAAGAAAGGCUGUGGAUAUCAUCUAGAUCUGUUCAUGGUUGGGGUUAUGCUAGGUGUUUGCUCUUUGAUGGGGUUGCCAUGGUUUGUAGCAGCCACCGUCCUCUCCAUCACCCACGUCAACAGCCUGAAACUUGAAUCCGAGUGCUCAGCUCCCGGGGAGCAGCCCAAGUUCCUUGGUAUCAGAGAGCAGCGCUUUACCGGGCUCAUGAUCUUUGCUCUUAUGGGGUGCUCGGUCUUCAUGACAUCAGUGCUCAAGUUCAUACCCAUGCCUGUGUUGUAUGGAGUAUUCCUGUAUAUGGGAGCAUCUUCUCUCAGAGGCAUUCAGUUUUAUGACCGUCUCAGAUUGUUCGGUAUGCCAGCCAAGCACCAGCCCGAUUUCAUCUACCUACGACAUGUACCCCUGAGGAAGGUGCACCUCUUCACCAUCAUCCAGCUCAGCUGUUUGGUUCUUCUGUGGACCAUCAAGACAUCCAGGGCUGCCAUUGUGUUUCCUAUGAUGGUGUUGGCUUUGGUGUUUAUCAGGAAACUGAUGGACUGUAUCUUCACCAAGAGAGAGCUAAGCUGGUUGGAUGACCUCAUGCCAGAAAGCAAGAAGAAGAAACUAGAGGAUGCUGAAGAGGAGGACGAGGAGCAGAGUAUAUUGGCAGAAGAUGACGGAGUAGAGCAAGUGCCAUUAGAGGGGUAUAAAGGAAUACCCAUCAUCAACAUCACAGAUGAAAUGUCCAAAGGCUCUUUUGGAAAUACUUGGAAUGCCAGUGGUUGAGAUACUUCAAAAAGAAAACAAUAUGUUACAUCGCUCUCAGCAUUUCUCCACAACUACAAAUAAAAGCUGGAGAAGAUGGAAGUCAGUGUGGACAGCAUUACGAGUCUUUGUCAUUGUUCCUUCUGUGUUUUCAAACAAAUCUACAUUGUGUGUUUCAUAUCAUCAAUCCUUCAAGUUUAGUUUUGCAGAUCUCUGUAAGUAAAAAACUGCUUUAUCUGAUGUAUCCCGGUUAUUAUGAACUAAUAGAACCUGCUAUCUAAUUUUCUCUUGUUGUUAACAUCUAACCCUAUAUACUGUUUGGAUUUAUUGAAUGUAAACCACAGAAACAUACAUUUCUGCUGUUUUUGGAAUGGGACCAUUUUGAAUUUUACGUAGUGAUUUUAAUUCUGUGGAACCAAAAGCAAUAGCUCUUUGUACCAAAAUGGUAAUAAUUUGUAUGAGAAAAUAUUUAGCUAUAUUUAUAUUGUCAUUUAUUUUAUGGUAUUUAUUUUAUAUUUGUUUUGUGUUUGCUACAAAAUACAUGGUAGUCUAACAAAGACGUGUGUGUGUGUGUGUGUGCAUAUUGUUUUUAUUGUAAAUGUAAACUAUACUCAAAGUAUCCUGUGUUUAAUGGUUGUAUAAAGUUAUGAAUCAUGAAUUUUAAAGGCAUCUAGCCAUCUACUGUUGCAUUUCAAUGAAGAGUUGAGGGUUACUCAAUUUUUAAAAUCAAAUAAUAGUUUUAUGUAUAACUUGUCAGUGUGCUACACUAAAUAAAUUUCUAUAAGCAUUCUUGUUUAUCUUGUCAAAGUCAAACUUACGCUCAAAUGAACUUUUUUAAG